AAAUAGAUGUGGAUCUCUAUUUGGACUGUUUGUUUAUCUUAUCUAAGGGUCUCGCCCGCCCACAUGGGAGAUCGACAACUUGGGACAUUAGGCGCGUGUUCUUAUUAUUCGACCUCUGGCUCUCCUCUCUCUUUAUUCUACGACGAUGAGGUUGUCCUCCUUUCUGACUGCUGUCCUCCCUGCUCUAAGCUUCGUCUCAGCACAGUACAUUUCUGAGGGAUGGAAGCCUGGAGAGCCUGUUGUUAAGGGUCAGACGGGAUACACUUAUCAAACUGUUGAAACAGGACCUGUUCCUCCAGCUGCAACAGAUACACCAAGCGCACAGCAGCGGCGGGUAAACUCGGAUGUCAAGGCAUCAGUGAAGAGACUUUCAUCGUUGCUUAGUCUCGAGUCUCUUCUUGAGUCCGGACCAGUGCAGGCGUUAUUUGGUCGGGCUGGUGUGAACAUUACGGAGAAGCUAGAGGCCGCUCGCGCUCAAGAGAAAAUAUGGGAUGAGAGAAUCCCACUGCUUACCGAUGAUAACUACGAGGAUUUGGUUGUCGAGGAAAAGUUUGAGACACUGGAGGAAGAGAAGGAUCGAAUCUGGUUCAUUGUCAUCUCUCUGACGGCUGCACAGAGAGAGGGAAUCUCGAAAUUUGUCGACGAGCAAUUUGACUUGGCGUUUAACCUUACUCAGAAUGCCGGAGACUUACCUCACGUGCGCUGGGGACGAAUCGACUAUAUGAAUGUUACGAGGAUCACGACGAAAUGGAAUGUAUGGAGGGGACCGUUCCUCGUUGUAGCCAAAGAUAGAGGGCAAACUCUGCGCUUUUAUCGACCGGGGCAGAUUCGCCUGCAGGGAGAAAUACUCCACGAGUUCCUGAAGGUCGACGCGUGGGAGCAGACCGAACCCUGGCGUUCGCCUUUUGGACCUGGAGGCAGCAGGGAGUUCAUCAUGGACUACUUCGCGGCGGCCUUAGCGAAAGUAUAUGAUAUCACUGUCAUGGUACCACGUUGGCUCCUGCUUGUCAUAUCUGGCUCCGUGGCAUCGUUAAUCGUCAAUAUCAUGCACAAUACCAAGUCUCUAUGGCCUUCCACCAAAGCGAAGCGGACAACUCAGGCUAAUACUCCCCAGCCUCCUCGCUCUGCAGAGGCAGCUUCUCCGCCAACGAAUGUGCAACCGCAGGCAGCGGCGUCUGGGCCGAAAAAGAGAAAAGGAGGGAAGAAAUAACAUUACGCGUUUUGGAUUGUCGUACUCUUUCUUGCUUUUGAAUAGCCUUGAUGAUAUUAUGGAUGUAUUUAUUUGAAUGAUUGGAUAUCUG